CCCGCGCCCGGCGCUCGGGAAGUGUCCCCGGCGGAUGGCUGCGUGUUGGUGUGCGCCGUGUGCCGCUGCUUCCUGGGCGAGCAGUGGGCAGCGUUCGAGCGCUCGAGGACCCCCGUGGAGAAGCGCAUGUACUGGCUCAAGCGGCCCUACCAGUGCGAGGCGGGCGGGGGCGCUCCGGGCCGCCGCGCUGCGGCCCCCCAGGAGUGGAACCUCUCCUAUGCCCUGGAGCCGGGCGAAGAGGACGACGACGAGGACGACGACGAAGGGGAGGGGGCCGGAGGCGACGGCGGCGCGAGGAGGGGAGCCCGCCCCCCCCAGGAGGAGGCGCACGACUCAGACCUAUCUUCCCUCUCUGACACAGACCACCUCUCAGAGCCUGAGCCCGCCCCAGGCCCGGCCCCCAGGGACCAGGGCAGCCCGGGCUACGGCCCGCCCCCGAUUAAAGAAGCAGGCGGGUGUCCCCAGCUGCUCAAGCCGCCCCCAGCCCCUCCCCAGGGCGUCCUCCGGGGUCCCGGGGCAGGGGUGCUCAUGGGGCGGUUCAGAGAGUGGCCUCCCUCUGCAGUACCCCCCACACAUGACUCAGAGACUCUCAUUCCUGGAGAAGGGGGUGUGGAAGGGCCAAAGGUGCAACCCGAUCCUGGGCGCAAAAUGGGCACCAGGAGGAAGAAAAAAGGAACAGCAAGGCACUGGGUCCCCGAAGACAGCCCCAGUGUCCUUCGGGGCAUUCAAGGCAACUGGCGGGGGCCACCUUUCCAGUGCCCCCCAGGAGAUGGUCUGAAAAAUAACAUUGGCUUCUUGCCUACCAACCAGAGAAGGGCAUCCCAAACCCCAGGUCCCAAGCAACUUCCUGAAAGUCAUGGGGGGUAUUGUACCUCUGAGGAGGGUGAGAUCAACAUCACCAGUGAUGAGGAAGAUCAGAAGAAGCAGACCUUCCCCAAUCCCUGUAGUCGCUGGGAGGUUGCCCCAAAAGGUGGUGGCCUGGCAGAGGAGAAUGGGAGCAGCAAUAAUCUGGUGUCCGGAGACCCCUGGGCUCCUGGCCCAGACAACACCUGCUGCUACAUCUGUGGCAACCUUCUAACCCAGGCCUCUCAGCACCAGAUUCACGUUCAGAAGCAAGAGAAGACUUCCCAGGCCCCUUUCUUUCCUUUCCUGUGGCUGCAUACCCCACCUCCUGGGGCCCUGCCCAUCAGCCCUGGGGGCAGCACCCUGGUGUGCUCCUGCUGCUUCUCCUCCCUCAUGCAACAGUGGCAAAGCUUUGAACUGGCCAAUGUACCGGUCCUGCAGAGGCUUUAUGUGGUGCCUCUGAAUCCAGGGAUGCCCUCCAAAGGGAGGAGGCCCCUGAAGGAAGAGGGAGCCCCUGCUGGGCCUCAGCAGGAGGCCUGCUACCUCUGUGGGGAGGACUGUGCCCAGGAUUCCCGGACAGUGCCCACCAGAAUCAUCAACGGUAGUGCCAAGAACACCAUGCAUUUCCCUUUUGUGAAUCUCCUGCCUUGUCCACCCAAUGCCAAAGGACUCAACAGGCACUGGGAAGUCCAUAGCUGCCCCAAGUGCUAUGGGGUGCUGGAGGACAUUUGGUCCAUGUACAGGGCCUGCCAGAAUGAGGAGCUCAUAAACUCGGUGCAGAGUUUCUUGGGGAGAUACCAUCAGGUGUUUUCUGCCACUGAUUCAGGAGGGCUAGCAGUACAUCCCUCAGUGAAGGGGGGCCCAUUGUCGGUGUGCUACAUCUGUGGGGCUGAGCUGGGGCCUGGGAAGGAGUUUCAGCUCAAUGUGAACCCUCCAAGUCGCUUUGGGGAGAAGGAACCCUUCUUCCCAUUCCUCACCGUCUAUCCUCCGGCCCCCCGGGCCAGGCCUGCCGAUUCCACGGGGCUGGUGGCCACCUGUGUGCUCUGUUACCACGACCUGCUAGGACAGUGGCUGCAGCAUGAAGGGAGAAGCUCCCACCACCCCAUCAGCGCCUGGUCCCGUCAGUACAAAGUGGAGACCUUCGUGUGCUUCUUCUGCCAACAGGAGAAGAAGCGGUGCCUUGGAUUAAAAGCCGUGCGGGUGGCCCGGCUGCCCAUGUUCCUCUACACCUUGAGAGCCGGUCACAGUUUGCUCGUGGAUGAUGGCAAGCAGCUGAUUAUCGGGGCUUGUGUGGAGUGUGGCACCGUGGUGUUUGCUGGCAAAGCUCUGACCCACCCCGGAGUGCUGGUCAGGGCCUCCCCAGCCGCUACACAGAAGGCUUCUUCCUCUUCCCUUGAGGCAUCGAUUGCUACAAGGCCCCCUUUCAAGGAUGUAGAAGUACGUCCAGGGGUGCCGGACAACCUGGACAGAGGCAACCGGACAGUGCAGGAGGCCGUCUCUAGCUCUGACCAAUGCCAGCUGAGUGGACUGGAUCCAGAGAGUGCCGACCUUGGAGCCAUAAGCAUGAGCCAUGAGCCAAAGUCCCCUUCAAUAGGAAUGCUUUCAACAGCUACUCGGACCACUGCUACCGUCAGCCCCUUGACCCCUUCUCCUCUCAAUGGCUCCCUUGUACCCAACGGCAGCCCAGCGGCCACCAGCAACCUGUCAGUUCAAGCAGCGCCCUCCUCCAGCUUCGCCGCUGCCCUUCGAAAACUCGCAAAACAGGCAGAAGAACCAAGAGGGUCUUCAAUAAGCAGUGAAUCUUCCCCAGUCUCUUCUCCGGCAACCAACCACAGCUCUCCUGCUAGCACGCCUAAGCGAGUACCCAUGGGGCCCAUCAUUGUUCCUCCAGGGGGCCACAGCGUCCCCAGCACACCGCCAGUGGUCACCAUCGCACCAACAAAAACGGUCAAUGGUGUCUGGAGAAGUGAGAGCCGACAGCAAGAAGCAGGAUCUAGAAGUGGCAGCAGCAGAGACCGCCUGAUCGUGGAGCCGCCCCUGGCGCAGGAGAAGGCAGCAGGGCCAGCCAUCCCUUCCCACCUCCUGAGCUCUCCCUACCCCUUCAGCAUCCCCCCCAGUUCUGUUGUUCAAGACUCCCGCUUCCCACCGCUGAACAGCCUCCAGCGCCCUGUACAUCAUGUGGUACCCCCCAGCACCGUCACCGAGGACUAUCUGCGGAGUUUCCGCCCUUAUCACACAACAGAAGAGCUCCGAAUGUCCUCACUACCACCCAUCAGCCUCGAUCCAGCCACAGCUGCUGCCUAUUACCACCCCAGCUACCUGGCCCCUCAUCCCUUCCCACACCCAGCCUUCAGGGUGGAUGAUUCCUACUGCCUUUCAGCCCUGCGCUCCCCCUUCUACCCGAUCCCAACCCCUGGCUCGUUACCUCCUUUACACCCAUCAGCUAUGCACCUCCACCUCUCGGGGGUCAGGUACCCUGCAGAGCUCUCUCACUCAUCCCUCUCGGCACUGCAGACGGAGCGGAUGUCAAGUCUCACUGCGGAGAGGUUACAGAUGGAUGAGGAGCUGAGACGGGAGAGGGAACGGGAGAGAGAACGGGAGAGGGAACGGGAGAAGGAGCGAGAACGGGAAGCUGAUCGGGAGAGAGAGAAGGAGCGGGAAAGGGAGCGAGAACGGGAAAAAGAACUGGAAAGAGAGCGAGAAAAGGAAAGGGAACGGGAAAGAGAGAAGGAGCUGGAGAGACAACGUGAGCGAGCCCGAGAGAAGGAGCUGAUGGUCAAGACCAUAGAGAACCAGUUCCUGCCAGUGUCUGAGCUGCAUGGGCUACGAGUCCUUCCAGGAGAGGAUCGGGUGAAACCUGCAGAGCAACUAACACCAAACAGACCAGAAAAACUCAAGGAGCCUGCCCUGCAGACCCCCAAGGCUGUCCAGCACCCCUUGCACCCUACCCCUGCCUCCCAUCACCCAGUACCCAGCCUCAUCUCCAACCACAGCAUCUUCCCCCUGCCCGGGAGCAGCGCAGCCACAGCCCUACUGAUCCAGCGUACGAAUGAGGAAGAGAAGUGGCUGGCUCGCCAACGGAGACUUCGGCAAGAGAAGGAAGACCGGCAGUCCCAGGUGUCGGAGUUCCGACAGCAGGUCUUGGAGCAGCAUCUCGACAUCAGUCGCCCCCCAGCUCCAACAGAGCCCGAACAUAGGCCUGAGAACCCCAGACCGGGACCAAAUCGUCAUGAGCCAAGCAGCCGAGACCAGCCGCAGCACUUUGGAGGGCCCCCGCCCCUCAUCUCCCCCAAACCUCAGCACCAUCCCAUGCCAACCUCACUCUGGAAUCCAGUAACCUUGAUGGAAAACACCCUGGAACCACGAAGGGUACAAGAAAACCAUUCUCUCCAUACCCACCCAGCUCCAUUUGAGCCCAGCCGACAAGCAAUCCCCUUGGUUAAGGUAGAACGAGUUUUCUGCCCUGAGAAGCUUGAAGAGGGGACUCGGAAGAGGGAGGCAAGCUUGGACAAAUACCAGCCACUCAGGGAGCCUGGGCCAUUGGAACACAGUGGGUUUUCUCACGGGCCCUUCUUGGCUGAACUGGAGAAGUCCACUCAGACCAUCCUCAGCCAGCAGAGAGCAGCUCUCCCCCAGCCUGGACAGUUCCCUGACGUGAACCUGCCCCCAAAGCCCAGCUCUCCGUAUCGGCCCCAGCUCCCCAGGGGCCCUGACCCCAUGUAUGUUUACGACGAGUUCUUACAACAGCAUCGGAAGCUGGUCAGCAAACUGGACCUGGAGGAGCGCAGGCGGCGGGAAGCCCAAGAGAAAGGCUACUACUAUGACCUGGAUGACUCUUAUGAUGAGAGUGAUGAAGAAGAAGUCCGGGCCCACCUCCGAUGUGUUGCUGAGCAGCCACCGCUCAAGCUGGACACUUCCUCUGAGAAGCUAGAAUUCCUGCAGCUCUUUGGCCUGACCACCCGACAGCAGAAGGAGGAGUUACUGACUCAGAAGAGGAGGAAGAGGCGUCGGAUGCUGAGGGAGCGGAGUCCGUCACCCCCAGCAGUUCAGAAUAAACGACAGACCCCUUCCCCCAGGCUCGUGCUCUCCACUCGAUACAGCCCUGAUGAGAUGAACAAUAGCCCCAACUUUGAAGAGAAGAAGAGGUUCCUGACCAUCUUCCACCUGACUCACAUCAGUGCAGAGAAGAGAAAAGACAAAGAGAAACUUGUUGAAAUGCUCCAUGCCAUGAAACAGAAGACAAUGUCGGCAGCAGUGACAGACUCAGUGAAAAACGCUUCGAGGGACAGCCCCAUUAUCUCCCUGAGCGAGCCGCCAAUGCAGCAAGUCCCUGCAGAUGCAGAUAAACCCAUUAGUACCGCAGCUUCCUUAUCUGACGCCCCGAAGCCCACAGAGCCUGGAAGACUUGAACAGCUCAGACCCCAGGAGCUCCAGAGAGUUGGGGAUCCAGCCUCAGAGAAGGCCAGAAUGAGCGAAACCCACGGCGGGAAGAAGAGUUUGAGCAUGCUCCAUUAUGUCCGGGGCUCCCUGUCCAAGGAUACCCCCAUCCCAUUGUCACACAGCGUGAAUGGGAAAAACAAGCCUUGGGAAGCCUUCAUGGCAGAAGAGUUUGCACACCAAUUUCAUGAGUCCGUGCUUCAGUCCACCCAGAAGGCCUUGCAGAAGCAUAAAGGAAGUACAACCUUGCUCUCUGCUGAGCAAAACCAUAAAGUUGACACCUCCAUCCACUAUAACAUUCCUGAGUUACAGUCCUCCAGCCGGGUAUCGAUGCCUCAACACAAUGGGCAGCAGGAGCCCUCAUCUGUGAGGAAGGGCCCCAUUUCCCAGGAGCUGGACAGAGACUCGGAGGAGGAAGACAAAGAUGAAGAUGAAGAAGAAGAGGAGGAAGAAGCCCCCAGACCCAAGUGGCAAGGGAUUGAGGCAAUUUUUGAAGCUUACCAGGAACACAUAGAAGAACAAAACCUGGAAAGGCACGUGUUGCAGACCCAGUGCAGACGGCUGGAAGCCCAGCAUUAUAGCCUCAGUCUGACAGCAGAGCAGCUCUCACACAGCAUGGCGGAAUUAAGGAGCCAGAAACAGAAGAUUGUUUCAGAAAGGGAGCGACUUCAGGCAGAACUGGAUCACUUACGAAAGUGCCUUGCGUUGCCUGCAAUGCAGUGGUCUAGGGGUUACUUCAAGGGAUAUCCCAGGUGACGUUCCCUUGCACUAGGCCGAACAUAUAGUAUAGAAAUAUUAUCUAUUUUAUUACCUUGAAUAUUUAAUAUUUUUCACUGGGAGGUUUGAAGCUUAAAAAAAAAGAAAAAAAGAAAAAGAAAUUGAGAAUGUGCCAUGCAUGAAGCAAAGGAUUCUGGGAUCCAGGAAAAAAACUUAAAUCUUGACUUCAAUGCAAUCGAAUCACCUUUAUAAUUCUGCAAGCAACCCAAUUAGGAAGCCCAUAGCUUUUGUUUUCUUUUCAAGUUGGUUUUGUUCUCCCCGCCCCUUUAUUGUUUUGGCUUUUACAUAUAUAUAUAUACACACACAUAUAUAUAUAUAUAUAUGAUGAAGAUGAAGGUUUCAUUACCAACACUAAAACCCAUUCAGUGUCCCAGGAGUGCCCAUCUGCACUUGACUGGAUCAAACCAAUUCUGUAUUCUUUCUGUUGCCAUGUUAGUACUGAAGAACUGAAUUUCUGCUCGGUGAGGAUGGGGUUGGCCUCCAUCUAGCCCACAAGUAGUAUGGCUUUCUUCGGUUGGAGAGGAGAUCGGGUGCAUUGUAAGUGACAGGAUUGUUCAUUUCAGUUACUCCAGUAAUUACCUUCAGAGCAUCAUGUCCUGGGAGCAAACAAAGCCACAGUACUUGAGACUUUCCCUAAGGCUUUCCCACUGGAAAUGCACUUAUCUAAAAAUAAAAUGAAUAAACAAA